AAGUGUCCCGUAAGUACAAACGAAGGGUGGUUAGAGUUAGAGGCAGAAGCGAAGGAAAGAGAGAAAAGAGGUGGGAGUGAGUGAAGAGAAGAGAAGAAGAGAAUAAAUUCAAAGCAAAACGAAGAAAAAAAGAAAGAAAAAUGAACGAAGAUGGCGUAACCUCUGCGAAUCUCAAUCCCUCUCUUCCCAAACCACCCUCUUCUCCUCCGACUCCGGCUGCUAGCUCGGCCGGGGCUUCCUCGCCGGCGGUUCCGGCCAACGCCGGCAACGGAGAUUCUCGCCGGCGCGAUAAAUCGAGCGCGGAUUCGCAUCUGGUUAUCGGUUCGGUGCUGCAAGGGGCUUCGGUUCCUUCCUGUAGGCCCUGGGAACGCGGUGAUUUGCUUCGCCGCCUUUCCACGUUCAAGCUCGCAGGAAAAUUGCCCAAGGUUGCUGGCUCUUUGGCUUGUGCCAAGAGAGGUUGGGUGAAUGCUGAUGUUGCUAAGAUUGAGUGUGAGUUAUGUGGUGCUCAAUUAGAUUUUGCUUUGCCUUUAGCGUCCUCUUUUGAAGCUGAUACUUCCAGUGAAGAAUUUAAUGAACAGCUAGAUAGAGGACACAAAAUCACCUGUCCUUGGAGAGGCAAUAGCUGUCCAGAUAGUUUGGUGCAGUUCCCUCCUACCUCAGCUUCAGCUCUGAUUGGAGGUUUUAAGGAUCGGUGUGAUGGACUCUUGCAGUUUUACUCCCUCCCCGUUGUAUCUUCAUCUGCAGUUGAGCAGAUGCGGCUUACACAUGGCCCUCAAAUUGACCGCUUUCUUGGGCACUUGCAAAUUCAGACAAUUGGAGAAUUGGGCUGCAGGGCAGAAAAUGUAUGUGGAAUGGGCUUUACUGGAGAACAGGCUCCUCAUCCAUAUUCUUAUGCUCAGAAGCUCAUAAGUCUUUGUGGAUGGGAGCCACGGUGGCUUCCUAAUGUGCUUGACUGUGAAGAGCAGUCAGCUGAAUCAGCUAAAAAUGGUUACAGCUCUGGUCCAGCCAAAGGCUCUGCACCAGAUCCUGCUCCAAGCAGGAAGGAGUUUUCAACUUCAUCCAGGAAAGAAACCGGGGAUAAUGAUGUACUGGGUUCAGAAUUUAAUUGUGAGUCUAAGUCACCUUUGUUAGAUUGUACUUUAUGUGGGGCCACAGUUAGAGUAUGGGAUUUCUUGACUGCCCCUCGUCCAGUACAUUUGACACCCUGUGGAAUUGAUACCCCUCAAACUAGCAAGAAAAUAGCAUCAACAAGAGGACUAAGUGCAGCUAGUGGUAUCAAUGAAUGGGCUGCUGCUGAUGGUGUUGAAAAAGAGAGGACUGGAGAUCGUGAUGAGGCUACAACAUCUGAUAAAAGGCAACUUGUAUCCAAUAAAAGUUUAGAUUUAAAUCUUAAAAUGGCUAGUGGGCCAACCUGUUCACCAAUGAACUUGACUUCAACCUCAGGUCAUGUGCAAGAUGCUGUUAUGGGAAAAGAUUUAAUGAUUGGGCGGCCUUCUGGAAGUGAGAUUGGUGACCAGGCAGCUUCUUAUGAAUCACAAGGCCCAAUUGCACGCAAGCGCAGGUUAGAUGAUGGUGGAACCACAGCUGAUAGGCCACAUCUAAACAUGCAACAGGCAGACAGUGCUGAAAGAACUUUAACUGAUCGUGAUAAUAAUGAAGUCAUUGGUGAUCAACAGUAUUCAGCUGGUCCUUCCAAGCGUGCCCGUGAUACUGAUCUAUUGGAAAAGUUCCAGUUUCCAUUAAGAAAUUCUUCUGGUGCUGUACCUAGCCGUUCAUCAGAUAUUCAAAUAGAACCAGAGGCAAACAUGGCUAACCAAUUAAACCCAGAAAGGGAUAAUACUAUUGGCAUCCCAUCUACCAGAGAUUCCACCCAUGCAUCUUCUAUUAUUGCGAUGAAUACAGUUUAUCACAGUUCAGAUGAUGAAUCAAUGGAAAGUGUUGAAAAUUUUCCUGUUGAUGUUAAUGAUGUCAAUUACCCUUCUGUUGAUUUGAAUGAAACAUCAGAAUUAAAUAACAGCUAUCAAGCGCAGCAGAGUACUUGUUUCCAACCGCUUUUAGAAAGAGCUGGGGGUGAGGCUGGUGUUAGCAGUUCAAAUGCUUGUGGGGAAGUUUUGAACACAGAGAUAUUAACUGCACAUGCUAGGGAUGGGCCCAGUUUUGGUAUUAGUGGGGGAAGUGUUGGCAUGGGUGCAAGUCAUGAGGCUGAAAUCCAUGGGACUGAUGUCUCGGUUCAUAGAGAUGAUAGUUUAGGUGACGUUGAACCAAUUGCUGAAGUGAUUGAAAAUCAGGGCCAGGCUGGUGAAUUUGAGCCUUAUCAUGGACUCACUGGCGAUUUUGUGCCUGAAGAAACGAGUCGGGAUGAUCCUCAAGGGGAUAGUCAAGCCGUGGUGUCUCAAUCUACAGCAAGGACUGAUAGUGGCUCAAAAAUUAUAGCUUCAACCAAAUUUGAAUCUGUUGAAAGCGGUGAGAAGACCAGUAGUAGCAUGCAGAUGCCAGGCCAUGAAAAUGGUGCCCAUCCAUCCCUUUCUUGUAAUGCUGUUGUAUGUUCUGCCUAUGAAGUAUCCAAGGAAGAAGUUACUCAGACUGGGAAGGCAUCUCACAUUGAUGACGGUGCAUAUCAUGAAUCAAGCUUUUUAGCUGCAGAUGUUAUGGGGACUCCUUAUAGAGACAACAGUAAUGGAGGUGUUGAAUUUGAUCCAAUCAAAUUACAUAUUGAUUACUGUCCUUGGGUGAAUGGGGAUGUUGCUGCUGCUGGUUGUGAUAGCUCCAGUUCAGGUGUGGGUAGUGUAGCUCUUUGUGGUUGGCAGCUGACUUUGGAUGCCAUGGAUUCUUUCCAGUCUCUUGGACAUCUUCCUGUACAAACUCUAGAAUCUGAAUCGGCAGCAUCCAUGUGCAAGGGGGACCGCCUCACUUCCAGCCAAAAAUUGUUAGCACGCAACUCUUAUGUGAGAAACCAUGGAAGGAACUGAGACCUUCAAGAAGUUUUCACAAAUUUUGUUGAGCUGUUACUCCAAGAAUGAGUUUUAUUCCUAUAUACUAAUUCAGGUUAUAUUUUUAUUUGGACGUCUGUCCAAUCAUGUUUUUCUCUAAAGUCAGUUUUGCUGUUAUCAUAUUUACUGUUUUAUUGGAUUUUGGAUUGGCAUUUGUUAGUUUAAUAAAAGUAUCAUUGCAUCAAAGCCUUUUUGAGCUGUAGCAAUUGAUAUGGAUGAUAGAUAAUGUCAGCUAGUGAUUAAGUAACUUCAUUACUUCAAACCUCCAUUGUAGUCUUGUGGUCCUGCCUAAGAUGGCUUAUAGGAGAUUGUUUUUCUAUUUUGGAGCUUUCGGCCUUUCACCCAAAAUAGCUGAAAGCUACACCGUACUCUAUUCAUGCCGCAAUUAUGAGAUUCAUUUUUUUUUGGGAUAUAUAUAUAUACUAUAAUAUGGUUGAAUUU